AUGUCGGACAUGCUACAACCGCCCACCCCCACCGCCCCCGAGAGGCCCGUCCUCGAGAGGCGGCGGUCGCGGAACCCGCUCAAGAAUCUCAUGCAGCACCUGUCCGUGGAGCCACCUGAGGAUGACGAUGAGAGACAGCCAAGGCGAGGGUCUUUGAUCCGCCGCAUCAGCUGGCGCAAGAGCCGCAGCCCUUCCGCCCACUCCGACAGAUCGGGCGGCCAACCGCAAGAUCCCACCCUAUGCCAGGGAUGUGCAGGCUGGGCUGCUGAUAUUGACUCGACCUUUGAUGAGAUGGACGCGUCCUUCCUCAAAGCAUUGAAUCCAGGAUCUGCUGAUGCUUUUGACAACAAGGAGCACUCCAUGGGUCGGCUGCACGAGCUCGAGGAGAACCGUUGGUCCACCAAGUGCCCGCUCUGCAAGUUGCUCCUUUCUGUACACAUUCCCAGCGAGGGCGAAGGCGACCUCUUCCUCUCCGGCUUCUCUAGCCGUGAUACCAACUACUUGAUCAAUACAAACACCAUGUUUGAUCAAGAGCACCCAGCCAAGGGUAAAGCCAAGGGCUAUAGCCCGGCGUUCCUGGGAGUCGUCCCCAAGAAGAGUGGCGAUGGUGCACUGAGCUGGGAUGUAAAUGCCGACUGGUUCCGCGGCGCUGGCAUGCUAUACAGAACGAUGCCAGAGUUCCAGACAGAACUUCUCAGUGCCGUGAGCGCGGUUAGCGGGAGGUCUGAAGGAAAGCACUCGCGAGGACCGUCUUUGUCCGACAACCAGGGCUGGGCCAAACGGGGAAUCUGGGGUCGUGAAAUGCACCAGGCUAUCGACAUGUCCGUGGGGCAGGACUGGCUGCGCUAUUGCGAGUUUUACCACCAAGGCCGAUGUGGACGAAAGCCAAUUAAUCGCGAACUCCCCGGAUUCCGCCUGGUAGAUUGCGCAAAGAGCCCCCCGAGGGUGGUUGAUGCCUCUAUCUCUGAGCGCUAUGCAGCACUUAGUUACGUGUGGGGGAGGAAAACAGCGACACCAGAGACGACGUGGCCCAAGGUCAUAUUGGACGCCAUCAUCGCCACCAAGGAUAUGGGAGUCCGGUAUUUGUGGGUGGAUCGUUUGUGCAUGGAUCACUUACUACCGAGGGACAAGCUAAAUCAGAUUGCUCGAAUGGACGAGAUCUUUGAGGGAGCCAUUUUUGCCAUCAUUGCGGCCUGCGGCGAGGAUGCGAAUCAUGGUCUGCCUGGAGUUGGUUCGACGACCCGACAGGCUCAGCCGAAGUACGAGUUCGUCAACUCCGACAUCACGCUGGUGUCAAGUCUCCAGGAUCCGCGGUUGGCGAUCAAGAAUUCAGCCUGGUACACGCGAGGUUGGACCUACCAGGAAGGUUUGCUCGCGAGGAGGCGACUCAUCUUUACCGAUCAACAGAUGUACUGGGAGUGCGAGGGCAUGUGUUGCCCCGAGUCGCUAGUCCUGCCUUUGGAGAUGUAUCAUGACAUGGAGGAACAGCGGAUGUGCGACUUUAUGCGACCCGGUCUCUUCAACGGCGUGUCCUUUAUCGACGGCAGCUGGGAGCGGUGGAAACGACUUCCCAGCAAGGCUGAGGAACCGAGCACGCUGAGCAUCUUCCGUGAGUCGGAUCAGCACAUUAGUAACUAUACGCGACGCGAUCUCACCUACGACGACGACUCUCUGAAUGCUUUCUUGGGAAUUUCACGACGCCUGGAGACUACUAUGGGCCGAGGCAAGGUCAUGAACCUGUUGGGAAUCCCUGUCUGGACACCACCGAUGGAUGAGCGUACCGGCCCGGCCAGAACGCGGGAUCUCUUCGCCCUGUCGACGUGUUUCUGGCACCACAAGGACGGCGUGAUCGCGCGGCGACGCACACACAUGCCGAGUUGGACGUGGGUAGGCUGGAAGGGCGCCGUUGACAUGUUCUCGUCGAUUGUCAUUGCCGACCCUGACGGCAAGGCCAAGGAACGGAAGCAGAACAACCAACACUAUGUGACCGCGACACAAUUCACACGAAACGACUCCAACUCCCUUCGGUGGACGUACUCCCCCAACAUCACCCUCACUAACCAGGACGGCAGCGUCGCUUACGACUUUGGCGCCACUGACCUCGCUUCAGGCAGGCCACCGAGACCGCCUGCUCUCAAUAUCCAGCCAUAUGGGAUUCAUGUGCCCAACCCAUUUGUGCUGGACCGAGUCAAGGCCAAGACACACGCCGGGGGCUGGAUCUUCAACCGAGUGAGCGUCGAUGUACGAUUGAGCCGCGGCGUGGGUGGCAUUCGCGAGUACAUCGAACAGCACGCAAAGGGCCAGCAGAUGACACUGCUCUGGUUCGUUGAAGAAGCGCUGAUCAUGCUGCUGGUUGUCGAGCGGACGGAACGUGAGGGCCGGGUUGUGUGGGAGCGCGUGGGCCGCAUGCGUAUGAGCUUCCCCGAAGACGCCAAGGAGGUGGUCAGGCGAUAUGGGAAGCUGGAGAAAAUGGUCGAGGACCUGCCGCUGCGACGGCUGGGUGCGGACAUUGUCAUCGAGUAA